CUUAAGAUAAUUGCAUCAUAUUUUCUCAAGUGUUGUGACUGAUUUCUGUAGGAGUGGGAUAGUCAUACCCGCGCACAGGUGAUGAAAAUGGCAACCAGGGAUCUCCUGCUUUUUACCUUGGGGACUGCAGUGAUUAUCUUUAGUGUGACUGUACAGUGCUGCCCUGAGCAAUGCAUUUGCUCAGAUAAAAACCCAUAUCACUUUGUGGACUGUGCAUACAAAAAUCUUGUUUCUGUCCCCAGUGGCUUGCCCUUCAACGUGACCACUCUCAGUCUAUCAGCAAACAAAAUCCAAGAGUUGAAAUCCAACAAUUUUGUAAAUGUGACCCAGGUUAGUUCUCUUUGGCUGGCCCGAAAUGAAAUCGUCACCAUUGAGAGAAACACCCUGUCUUCAUUGUUACAGUUGAAAAAUCUGGACCUAAGCCAUAAUAAAAUAGUCAGUUUUCCAUGGGAGGACCUUGCCAAUCUGACUUCUCUACAGCUGCUGAAGAUGAAUGACAAUGAGAUGAUCAGUCUGCCUAAGGAUGCUUUUGCUAACCUGAAAGAUCUUCGUUCAGUCCGCAUCAACAACAACAAGUUUAGCACAAUAGUAGAAGGAACGUUUGAUGCACUUGUCGCCUUGUCGCACCUUCAGAUUUACAACAAUUCUUUUACCUGUUCUUGCAAAAUGGGAUGGAUGAAGGAAUGGAUUAUACAUUCUAAAAUUUCUAUCCCAGAAAAGAACAGCAUUGUGUGUGAAUCUCCUACCCAUUUGAAAGGCAAAGAGGUCACAGAAAUGCCUAAACUAAAUUGUGUGGCUCCGAUUGUUACAAUAACCUAUCAGCCCAACAUUGAGAACACUGAGAUAUAUGAGGGGUACAUGGUCAUCUUGAACUGUGACACCAAAGGGAGCCCAAAACCUGACGUUGAAUGGGAAGUAUUUGCAGGAAACCAGCUUUUAAAAUUCCCAUUGCCUCAAAUUGUUGAAAACAGUGAUGUCCCUAUUAAUGGAGCUCAAACAAAUACCAGAUUUCUGAUCUUUCAAAAUGGUACCUUAAUCAUUCCUCAUAUGAGCAAAAAACAAGAUGGAAACUACAGCUGUUCAGCUACUAACGACAUGGGCAAAGCACAAAGUACAGUGAAACUUGCUGUGGCUGGAAACAAAAAACAUGCCACCAACUCUGUUCUGGAUACAAAAACUGGAGUUGGUUUGUCUGACAAUGACAAGUCUGGCCCUGAGAGCUCCAAAAACAAAGUAAUCGGCGUGUGGCCCAAAUCUGGCACACAUGAAAUGAUUCCAACUGGUACAUCGUCCAUCUCUAUCAAUACUAAAGAAGUUGAUGGAGUCUCUGAACCAUCACAGUUUGGCAGCAAGUGUGGAAUAAGAGAUGAUACUCAAUAUAUAUCUAACCAUGCAUUUAACCUCAGCUUGGAUGAUCUUAAAAAAUACACAUUUGACUUUGGUGUGAUUGCUUUAGAGGUCUCUGAGACAGAGGCUAAAGUUCAGCUCAACCCCCUGCAAAAGGCUAAAUCCAACCUUCAUCUGAACCAACCCGAAGAUGUUGAAACUGUAAAUAAGGAUCUUUUGUACCAGACAUCUAAUAAACCCCACAUGGACAUGCUAUAUGUAUGUGUUAGCACUGGAAAUGGACAUUCAGUUGUUAAGUGGUCCAAGAUUGAGGACGGUGUCAAUUCCUAUCGCUUUCAAGGUUUGAAGCCUGGCACUAAUUACACUUUGUGCCUAACCUAUGGAGGUCAGGACUGCCAGGUUCAAGUGGUCUUCACAACAAGAAAGAAAGUACCAUCUUUGCUUAUCAUCGUGGUGGUCAGCAUUUUUUUGUUGGCUUUGGCGACAGUGCCCUUGCUGGGAGCCACCUGCUGUCAUUUGUUGCACAAGUAUCAGGGAAAGACCUACAAGCUCAUCAUGAAGACACAAAAUCCAGAUCAGAUGGAGAAGCACAAAGAUUUUGAUCCAAGAGCUUCUUAUGUUGGAUCAGAGAAAAACUUCAACGCAAGUGAGCUGGGUGAAGGAGAUGCUGAAGCUGAUGUUGAGGAAGGAGAAGGGGACGGCGAAGGAGAGGAAAUUGAGGGUAGUGUGGUGACUGAGUCCAUUCCUGAGUCACAGUCCAAAACUCAGGAGGAAUUUGAGGUGUGUUCUGAGUAUAGUGACAGGUUACCAUUAGGGGCUGAGGCAGUAAAUAUAUCUGAGGAAAUAAAUGGUAACUACAAUGAUACGCGCUGA